CCACGACAAGCUCGUCGCUUUCUCCCUCCCUCCCCCUCCCUCUCUUAACCCUCACCUCCCCCCCACCGCGCCCGCGCGAACAAGCCUUUCUCGUCCUCUCGCCCUCCCUCGCAUUUGCCUCCCCGAAACAUCCAUAUACCAAUCUGCAGUCCUAGCGGCGGCGGCACAAAGCUCGGACCGGCGUCACAUUAUUGAAACGAAAUUUUGCCCGUCCGCCCAGCGGGAGCCCAGCACCCGCCGUCGCAGCCUACCCGCCGAUUCGCUGCCCGCAGCUUUCAUACCAACGAGCCCCCCCCCAUUCACCAACCGGGUUGCUUUGAUCGUCGUCGCCCUUGGCGCAGCGUUCGCCGAACCGACGCCGCCUCAAAUCACAUAUCAGUUAUUCCGAGAGUCAACACCCGUCGAGGGGCCUGCGCAUCGGCGGCAAUUUAAAAGCGCCGUGCCCCGACUCUCUCGCCUCUCCCAUCAUGCUCGAGCCCCAAGGCAGGGCAAGGCCGCACGAUCACACCAGCGCUUACGGCCACUCGCGCACCCGAACCACCUCGUCGAAUAUCCUGCCCGGCCAGGGCCCGCCACAAGCUGUCGGAGGCAACAUGUCUCUGCACGUCGCCCAAUCCAACCCGGUUGCGUCCUACUCGCGCCGCUCGCCUUCGGUCAACACUUUCAGUACGGCUUCGAGCAUCCCUCCACCCGCAGCAUAUCGCAACUCGUCGUCCACCGAUCUGCGACGCUCCAUUUCUAGCCGCUCCGGAGGAACCAUCACCCAGCCGUCGGGGUACGUCGCUUUGUUGCGAAAACAGAAGGCGACUGUGUGGUGUGAUCGAGCGCAGUAUGAGGAUCCCCGCCUGGCUGCUCAACAACGAGCCGCCAAGAUGCGCGCCAACCUCGAGGUUGUCGGAGGCAACCGCGGCCCCGCCGGAAGCCGUACCAACACCGGCAUCAGCGCCACGGGCAAGGUCGCUGCCAAGAUUCGGCAUCACGGCAAGACACCCGUCGUCGGAUACGCGCCGGGCGAGAACCACGUCGGUGUAGGAGGAGUGCCCAUGCGACUGAGUGCCACCGAGGUCGAGGGCGAGAGCAGCGACGAUGACGAUGGCCAGAUCGCGUCCCGACUGCACCACCGUAGGACGGGGAGCAGCGGGCGAAGCAGCACCGGAAGCGGACGUCGAAACGUACCCUACAGAGCGUCUGGUGCGCUCGGCACACAUGGCAGCCAACGUUGGAGUCCUGGAGACACGCCAGAGCGAUCCGGCAGCCUCGUGGCCGAAGAGACGGCCAAGCCGGUCGAUGAUGCGGCCAGCGCAAAGGCUCACAGUUCCAAGAGCGGAAGCAGCGCCGAGCGCGCGGACAAUGUUGGCGAGCUGGGCAACGCGCCGAGACUGGCCAGCAACUCACUCAUGCACUCGGCUCUGACCCGCGAGAAGAGCGUCAAGAGCCCGGAGGAACUGAAGAGACGCGGCAGUGUCGACGAGCGAACGGCUACCCUCACCUCUGGCCGUCUGUUCAUCGCCAAUCCUGAUUAAAAAAAGCUCGAACUGUGGCACACUCGGCCCACUUUCACAUUUAUAUACCAUCACACGUUCGCUCCAAGCCAAUCGUUUAUCAUUUUUUGUUGUCGGCGCAGCUGCAUGGAGAGGCGUUGGGGCUCUGGGAGAGAUAUCACCUGUGCAGCGCAUAGUCACGGCGGGCCUUCAAGCCAUGGGCUGUGUGUUGUUGUUGCCUCUGUUCUUUCGCUCUUGAUUGUGUGCACUGUGGAACUAUGGGCGAGACGGCCAAGCCGCCAAAAGCAUAAUAUGUCUUAAUGCAGCGGCAGCCAUGGGAAAGCGUGUUCGUUCACCCCUCUGAUGCGGCAGCGCCGCUCGGGGUGUCAGUGGUAGAUACCAAUAUGAGACUACGGUGGCCGAAUGGAC